AUGUCCCUCGUCGUGUUGUCCCUUCUAGUCAUCGGUUACUACAUCCUGAGAAGCCUUUAUCGCCUCUAUUUUCACCCGCUCAGCAAGAUCCCGGGACCUCCAGUAGCAGCGAUUACUGGCCUCCAUGAGUUCUAUCACGACGUCGUUCGAGGUGGAAAGUUCCUCUGGAAGAUCGAAGAGAUGCAUAAGAGAUAUGGUCCCAUUGUGCGGAUAAACCCUCGAGAAGUCCAUAUCAUCGAUCCCGCCAUGUACGAUGAGAUCUACGCCGGUAACAGUCGCAAGCGGAACAAGGACCCGGUCUUUGUCUCCUCCUUUGCGUCCCCAUUCUCGGUCAUAGCAACGAUCGAUCAUGAUCUUCACCGCGCGAGACGAAGUUUGUUGAAUCCCUUCUUCUCGAAGAAAGCGGUAACGGAGCUCUCCACGAUCAUCCAAGAGAAAAUCGCCCGGCUAUCAUGGCAUCUGGAGAGAUUCUAUGCAGACGAAACGGUGAUUGCACUGCACACGGCCUUCGUCGGUCUGACAGGGGACACCAUCACCCAUUACUUGUACGGCCAAGACAAGGGCUACCUAUCUGAUCCAGAUCUUACCAAACGUGACUUCAUCUGGGAGCUGAUGUUUGAAGGCACCAACUCAUGUCAUUUGUUUCGAUUUCUCCCCAGCAUUCCUCAACUGAUCAAGGCUCUGCCUGGCCGUUGGAUGCGUCUCACCCGUCCUAAACUAGCCCAAGUCUAUGCAAUGCAAGAGCAGAUCGCACAGCAGUCACGGGACGCCCUGCUCAACAAAGACAGCCACGCCAGCACCGUAGGCUCGAUAUACCAGGCCCUGACUGACCCGUCUCUGCCCCCCGAGGACCGCUCCCUGGCCCGUCUUCGUGAUGAGAGCUUCAUACUCCUCGUCGCCGGUACCGAAACUACGGCUUCAUCGUUGACCUUUGCCGUCUACCAACUCCUACGCGACAGAGGAAUGUUCCUCAAAGUCCGCCAGGAACUGAAACAGGCCAUGCCUACCCCACGCCACGAACCCAAAUGGUCUCAACUGGAGCAAUUGCCUUAUCUGACAGCCAUUAUAAACGAAGCCCUCCGGCUCAGUGCAACGCCCAUGCGACCAGUUCGAGUAGCCCCAUCCGAGUCCUUGCAGUACAAACAAUACACAAUUCCUCCUGGUACCCCCAUCAGCACAAUCAGCUACUUCAUCCACCGCAACCCCCAGCUCUUCCCCGACCCAAACACCUUCCGCCCCGAGCGCUGGAUCGAAGCCGCCUCGCGGGGCGAGAAUCUCACCAGGUAUCUAGUCCCCUUCGCCAGGGGCAGCAGGAUCUGUAUCGGGAUGAAUCUGGCCUACGCGGAAUUGUACAUGACUAUUGCCUCGAUCGUGAGGCGGUUCGAUCUCGAGCUCUGCGAUACGAACCCCGAGGAUAUGGAAUUCGUCCGGGAGAAGAUCCUGCAGCGGCCGGAAAAAGGGGUCUGGACGUUGAAGGCGAGGGUUGUGGGGGUUGUUAUGGAGUGAAGGGGCUGAGGGUUUGUUUCGUGGGCUAGUGGUGGAUUUGCCCGGGGGAGAUUCAACUUCCUAUUUCCUUGCUUAUCAAGUAUUUGAUGAUGUCCUGGCAGG